UUAAACAGAUGUACUCCAUAAGGGAGGGGGAUAUAUAUGUUAAAAGUCCAUGCUUCUCUCAUACAAACACAUUCAAGACGAAGCUGGUUUGGGGAUAACUAAGAACUCCAGUUAAUCAGUGAAACUAUAAUUCCAUCAUGGUGAAAAGAGUCGCAGUGAUUGGUGCUGGUUGUAGUGGACUGACUGCUAUAAAAUGCUGUCUCGAGGAAGGUUUGGAGCCCACUUGCUUUGAAAAGAGUGGAGAUAUUGGUGGACUCUGGAGAUUUAAGGAAUUUCCUGAGGAUGACAGAGCCAGUAUUUAUAAUUCUGUUAUCAUCAAUACAUCUAAGGAGAUGAUGUGUUACAGUGAUUACCCAAUACCAGAGGACUACCCCAAUUACAUGCACAAUUCUAAGGUGCUGCAGUAUUUCCGGCAGUAUGGCGAGCAUUUUCAACUGUUGAAAUACAUCCAAUUCAAGACGGCUGUUUGCAGCAUUCGGAAGCAUCCAGAUUUCCUCACCACUGGCCAGUGGGAUGUUGUCACAGAGUCAGAAGGAAAACAGGAGAAGCAUGUCUUUGAUGCCAUUCUUGUGUGCAUAGGUCACCACACACAUCCAAAAUUACCUCUUCAUUCUUUUCCAGGCAUUGAAAACUUCAAAGGUCAGUACUUUCAUAGCCGUGACUACAAAACCGCAGAAUCUUUCAAAAACAAAAGGGUAAUAGUGAUUGGUAUUGGAAACACUGCAGUCGAUCUGGCGGUGGAACUCAGCGCUGUAGCUAAGCAGGUAUUCCUCAGCACCAGGAGAGGGGCGUGGUUGUUGAAUCGUGUUUGUGACAAUGGCUUUCCAGUGGACAUCGUUCUGUUCAGUCGCUUCUUCGCCAUUUUGCAAAAUGCUUUUCCAAACCUGAUCAAUAAAUACCUGGAGAACAAAGUCAAUUCCAGAGUUGACCAUGACAACUUUGGCCUAAAACCUAAACACAGAAUUUUUGGUCAGCACCCAACAAUUAGUGAUGAUUUACCUAAUCGCAUUAUCUCUGGCAAAGUGCUGAUGAAAACGAAUGUGACACGCUUCACCGAGACAGAUGCCUUUUUUGAAGAUGGAACAAUAGAAAAAGACAUUGAUGUGGUCAUUUUUGCCACAGGAUAUAAUUUUUCAUUCCCUUUCAUCGAUGAAUCUGUUAUAAAGGUUGAACAUAACGAAGUGCCUCUGUAUAAAAUGAUUUUUCCUGCACAUCUGGAAAAGCCAACAAUGGCUUUCAUUGGUUACAUCCAACCAAUUGGUGCUAUAAUGCCGAUCUCUGAGAUUCAGGCUCGCUGGGCAACAAGAGUUUUCCAAGGUCUAGCUAAGCUUCCACCCAUGGGUGAGAUGAAGGAGGAGAUCAACAAGAGAAAGCAAGACAUGCAGAACAGGUAUGUCAAAAGUGAGCGUCACACCAUACAAGUGGAUUAUGUACCAUACAUGGAUGAAGUUGCAGUAGAAGUAGGCUGCAAGCCCGAUGUUAAGCACCUUUUCCUGUCCGAUCCCAAGCUGGCCUGGGACAUAUUCUUUGGUCCAUGUACACCUUACCAGUAUCGUCUGUAUGGACCAGGGCAAUGGAACGGUGCCAGGAAAGCCAUUCUAACUCAGAAGGAUCGUAUCAUAAAGCCAACAAAGACCCGAAUUACGCAUACUGAAAAGGCUCACGGUUCAUUUAAUAUGCUUGUUAAGCUUCUGGGCAUCUUGGUGAUCUUUGCUGCUGGAUAUGUCCUAUUGUAAUUAGGUCAGCAAUACUAUGAUUCAGACAAGUCCAUUGUUACAGGCUUCAGUCUCUUGAGCAGGACCUAUUUGUUAUAUAAAUUAUUCUUUACAUUUGAAAAAUCCAGCGACUUGGCUGACAUCUGGGUAAUUUCAUGCAAUUUGAGCAGUUCCAUUGCCGACAAUAGGGUGUGACUUGUAAUGCGAUUUGGACCUAUCUAAUCGCAUGACAAGUUGGACCGCUAUGACCGGGGCUUAGAGGUUCAUAUUAGGGCACAUAAAAAAAUAAAUUCUGUACUAAUUCUAUUUUGUCUUGCUAGCAUCACCAUGAUAGUAUUUAUCAUCAUGAAGUUUUAGAGUAGUGUUUUACAUAGUUAGUCAGGUUGAAAAAAGACACAAGUCCAUUCAGUUCAACCAUAGAAAAAAAAAAUAUAUCGUACAAUCCAAUACACCCAAUUCUAUACUCACAGUUGAUCCAGAGGAAGGCAAAAAAAAAAA